AUGUCUUUUUCUAGCACCACGGCACUUCCUGUUCCACGAGCCAGCUCCAGGUUAACAGAAAGCUAUGAAUUCUACAGCGGUGAUUUUGUUCGUCUCACAGGAUCCCUAGAUUCCGACUCAGAAAAUGAAAUGCUGCAGUCUCUGGACAAGCUCCAGCAGGUCCCCAAGAUCCUCCAGGAGGGGAUAUUAUUGACGGGAGGUGCUGUGGCUAUACUCUUACAAGCUGCAGCGCAUGGCAUGGCGAGGUCUGCUUCCAAAACAGGCGCCGGUGGAAAGGUCACGACGUUAGCUGAACAAUUGCAUCAAAGCAUACACCUGACGGCCAUCUACCUCUACGGGCUAACAUUUGGAACCCACCACCAGCGAAAACAGAUUUUAGACCGGAUCUAUGCGUCGCAGCAACAGCAACAACAGCAACAACAACAGCAGCGGCGAAUUAGCCAUGUUGCGCGAAAUGGGAUUAACCAUCUGAGACCCUACCCACAAGAUCCUAAAUUACGACUAUGGAUUGCUGCAACACUAUACGCCACAGGAACAGAGGUCUAUCAACGGAUUGUUCAUGAGUUUAGUUUCGAAGAGGCGGAACAGGCGUUUGAUGAAUUCACGGCCUUACUCAAUCUUACUCUGAAUCUCCCCAAAGGGCUAUGGCCGGCUGACCGUGCCGCUUUUUGGGCUUACUGGGAUGAGUACAUUGAGAAAUUGGAUGUUGACUCACGGGCGCGACCUGUGGUACAUGACCUGGAGAAAUUUUGCAAUGUACCCAGCUGGGUAAAGAUUAGCAUGCCGUUCAUGAAGAACAUUACACCAGAGAUGCUACCGCCCCACGUUCGAGAGCAGUAUGGCUUUCACUCAUCACCUACGAGCCGUUUCAGGUACAAAUAUUCUAUGAGCAUAGGCAGGGCCAUUUACCCCGUCUUGCCAAGGGCUAUUCGGUCUAUACCAAAGAAGCGAGUCAUGAAAGAGGUGGCGGAGAUGCUCCGGCGGCCGUAA